UCAGAUACUAUCGACUGAAUUGGAAAUAUUAGACAUAAUUUAUAUGAAAGUUUUUCUUUGUUGAAUUUGGUUUGUCAGCCUGAUUUUUUGGGAGUGUGUUGUAUAUAGUUAUAUUUGAUUUUGCCUGAUUUGAAGACCCAAUACAAUGUCUGCCGAUGAACAUAUAACACAGAGAAAUUCUUCUGUUUCUGGAAAUGAUACUAAAGGUUCUACAGAAUAUCAAACUGGAGGAAUCCAUGACUUCAAAACUCAGCCCAAUGAGAGUUGUUCGUUUACUACAUUGAAAAGUAACACUGAUGAGGAAGCGGCUAUACCAUUGAUGGUUGGAGAUGUGCAUCUGGCUGAAGCCCAGGAGCUGUGGAGCACAGUCAGAGACAAGGCUGUCAAACUGAGGAUGGACAGGUCUGGAUUGGGCUCUCAGCCUCCCAUGACAGUCCAUCAGAUGUUUAUGGCCACAGUGCAGAAAUUUGGAGAGUAUCCUGCCCUCCGUGUGAAGAAAGACAGGACAUGGGUUACCCUGACAUACAAUGAAUAUUACCAACAUUCCAGAGCAGCAGCGAAAAGCUUUAUGAAGCUUGGUCUGGAGCGAUUUCACAGUGUUGGAAUUCUGGGCUUCAAUUCUCCAGAAUGGUUUAUAGCAGAUGUCGGAUGCAUCCUAGCAGGAGGAUUGUCCACUGGAAUCUAUACUACCAACUCCCCAGAGGCUUGCCAAUAUGUUGCUGACGACUGUAAAGCCAAUGUUCUGGUUGUCGAAAACAACAAACAACUGACCAAAAUCCUACAGGUCAGAGAUCAGCUGUCAUAUUUGAAAGCUAUUGUUCAGUACAAGGGUGAACUGGAGCAGAAGUUAGCAAAUGUGUAUACGUGGGCUGAAUUUAUGAAGUUGGGUGAGAAUGUCCCUGAUGCUAAGCUGGAUGCACUUAUAAACAGCCAAAGUGCCAAUGAGUGCUGCACACUAAUCUACACAUCAGGCACCACAGGGAGUCCCAAAGGCGUCAUGCUUAGCCAUGAUAAUAUUACAUGGACAGCCAGUGCUGCAGGUCACAUGAUCAAGCUGAAAAUGGCGGAAGAGGAAGUGGUGAGCUACUUGCCCUUGAGUCACGUGGCAGCCCAGAUUAAUGACAUGUGGAUCUCCAUGAGGAUUGCUGGAGUAACCAGUUUCGCUGAGCCAGAUGCUCUGAAGGGUUCACUGGGCAACACUUUGAGGGAGGUCCGUCCUACAAGAUUUUUGGGAGUUCCCAGAGUGUGGGAAAAAAUGCAAGAAGCAAUGAAAGCUGUUGGUAAAAACUCAUCAGUCAUGAAGAGGAUUAUUUCUGACUGGGCUAAGGUGAUCGGACUUCAAGCAAGCUACAACACCAUGAAUGGUGUUUCCUCAGCGCCAUGGGGCUUCACAUUGGCAAAUAUCCUGGUUUUCAACAAUGUGAGAAAAGCUUUGGGUCUUGAUCGGUGUAGGGCUUGUUACACUGGAGCAGCUCCUAUCACCAAAGACACACUGGAGUACUUCAUGAGCCUUUACAUCCCCAUCUUUGAGCUGUAUGGCAUGAGCGAGAGCACCGGACCACACACCAUGUCCUGGGCUGAGGGUCAUCGCAUUAUGAGCUGUGGUAAAGUGCUGAAUGGCUGCAAAACUAAGAUAGACAAGCCAGACGCUGAUGGCAAUGGAGAGAUUUGUUUCUGGGGCAGGCAUGUGUUCAUGGGAUACCUGAACAUGCCAGAGAAGACUGAGAAUGCUCUGGAUGCAGAUGCGUGGCUUCACUCAGGAGACCUGGGUAAACAUGACAAGGAUGACUUCCUGUUCAUCACUGGCAGAAUCAAAGAAUUGAUCAUCACUGCUGGUGGAGAAAAUGUUCCACCCAUUCCUAUUGAAAAUGCACUGAAGGAGAAGGUGUCGAUCAUAAGCAAUGUCAUGCUGGUCGGAGACAAAAAGAAGUUCCUCUCUAUGCUAGUCACACUAAAGUGUAAUGCAGAUGACAAUGGGGACCCUACAGAUGAUCUGACUCCACAAGUAGUGGAGUUUUGUCAGCAGUGUGGUGUUGUUGCCAGCAAAGUUUCUGAGGUAAUUAACAAAAAAGAACCAGCCAUUUACAAAGCCAUUCAGGAGGGCAUAGACCAUGUAAAUGCCAAAGCAACAUCCAAUGUCCAGAGAGUGCAGAAGUGGACCAUCCUUCCACAGGACUUCUCUAUAUCUGGUGGAGAACUUGGUCCAACCAUGAAGCUCAAACGACCUGUUGUCAAUAAAAUGUAUCAAGAAGAAAUCAACAAAUUUUACAGUGAAUAAUAGAAGAACCAAAUUAAAAUUUGAGGAAGGAUUGAUAUCACAUUAUUUUACCAUUGUUCAGUAAUCUAUAUUUUACUCACUCCUGGGCUUUAGAUAUAACUGUAACACAACUUACUAUCUUUAGUCAAUUUUGCAUGAUUUGUUUUACUAAUAAAUUCAUUAGCCUUUCAAAAUGUCGGUUUUCAUGCUUAUUUGUUUUCAUCUUAAUUGUUACUGAAAUUUAUGUUCAAAUUAUAAAUUUGGAGUUUAUUUUAUGUAAGGUAUUUUGUACUGUGAAAUCUUCCAUAUUACCUUACCAGUGAAGAAAAAAGUCCAUUUGUUUACAUAGAAACAAGUUUAGAUUGAGUCUCAUAGUCUGUACAAAGUUAAUAUUGUUGUUUGCACAGUAAGCAUUGUUGGUACUAUAGCUAUAGUUUAACUGUAAAGAUUGUGUUGUCCUCAGUUUAAAUUUCACCCAGCACACUGAAUAUUUAUGAUAUUGACUCAAGUCUUUGAGGCUGAAUUUAAUCCUUAACAAGCCCAUGGGGUAAGGGUGACCCCAAUAAAAGUUAAUUUAUUUAUUUUUAAUAUUUUUUUGUUUUCUUUCAUCUCAUGGGUGUGAAAUUCGGUGACAUUUUCCUAAAUAAUAUAUUUAAAACACAAAAAAAUUGACUUGAUUCAGUUGUUCUAAAACAAAACUAAAUCACUUCAUGUAGAUUUUUUAAAGAUUUUAAGAGCUUAAAAUAUGCCAAAACAAUCUGAAUUUGUGUUGUUCAUUUGAAUUAUUAACAGAUGGGAUUUAUUAAAACUGAUUAUAUCCCAUACAUUUUUAUUCUAUUAUAUCCCCUUAAAAAUGUUUUGAUUUAAUGUUUUUGAUCUUAAUUGAAUAUUUUUAAUUAAUUUGAAUAGUGAGCAUCUGAAAAUUGGGCGAUAUAUGUGUGCAUAAUGUCUGUAGCAUGAAUUAUUGAGAGUUAAUAUGCGUCAUAAACUCCUGCCUCAAUAAGAACAUUGCCUAAUCUCUACUAAUGGAAUUUUUCCUCACCUGUGUGUCCUCAGUAAACUGUUGAUUUGCAUACA